CAGACAGAAGGAGAGAGAGGUGGGAAGGAGGGACCAACAGAGCCACAAACACACCACAUACACACUGCAUAUGCGGAGCGCCAAGCGCCAUGGAGACACAUCCCACUGCAUACACACGACAUCCGAAACCAUGGAGACACAUCACACAUGGCUCACGCACGCAGGGAGAUGCGAACAGAGAGAAGUACGAAUGCAAACAUAAACAGGAGCCGUAGAGGGAAAAGAGACCAAAUGAAUCACAUUCAGUAAGUGCUGGGCAUGGAGUGCAGAUCUCCAUGAACCAACAGGGCUGUCGGGACCCCACAACCUGCUGGACAAGGCGCUGGAUGGACAGCAUGAGGUCCCUGGAAUGCCACGCCCUGCUCUGUUCAGGACCCAGCUGAGCCCUGGAAAUCACCAAGUGACCAGGGGCUGAAAGCCUCUCUUCUGUGAGCGACCCCCUGCCCCCAAUCCCGACCUUGAAGGGGCAGAAGGACAUUCUGCUUCUAAGCCCCUGCCCGGUGCAUUCCAAACACCGUUGUCAACAUCCGGACCCUGGAGUUCACCAGCAUCCCCUGUUGAGGAUGGUGCGUCAGCACAGCUCGGGGACAUCAUCUCUGUGAGAGAGCCCCCCCAACACAACCCUGUAGGCCCUGAAUGCCCUGAGAUGGGAGACGGCCUCCACGACCGCAACCAGAGGCUGCUGGCAUUCAAGGAGAUGAUGGGAGGUCAAAGGUCGUGGGACGUGGAGGAGCAGCUGAGACGAUCUCGGGCCGAGCUGCUGUGGAUCCAGAGGCAGCUGUCCAUCAUCUCCAGAAGGAGCUGUGGUCAUCACCGGGCCAGGGAAAAGCUGAGGACUGAGUUUGCUGUACAUACACCCCUCAACUUGGAGCGGUGUCGCAGGCUGGAGGACAAAAACCGGGCCCUCCGACUUGAGUUGGCCACCCUCCGGCAGGAGCGGCAGCAGUGCCGCGUGCUGAGGAAUGAGCUGCAGCAUGCCCUGCAGGAGAAGAAUCGCCUCAGCCUUGAGCUCUUCAGCCACUCCCAGAGGGCUGCGCGUUACCGGCAGGUGGAGUCACAGUAUGAGAAGCUCAGAAAAACCUAUUCCUCUGUGACUCAAGAGAGAGACUCAGCCCUGCAGGAGAGGACUCAGCUGAAGGGGAAACUGGAGCACCUGGAACAGGUGCUACAGCACAUGCGCAACGCCCUCGAGGGACGGCUGCAACUGGAGCAGGAUCAUGAGCAAGCCCUGGCUGUUCUGCACGUCAAGCAGCAGGAGAUCGACCUUCUACAGAAGGCUCAGCUAGACGCAGAGAGGAAGCAUGAGGGAACGGUGAAGCUAUUAGAGGCCAAAGUUCAGGAGCUGGAGCAGAAAUGCAGGUCUCAGACUGAGCGCUUCAAUUUGCUGUCGCAGCAACUGGAAAAGUUCCGACUACAGACAGGGGGUGAUGAUGCGCUGAAUGCCCAGGCUCUGAAAACCCCAGACAAGACCCUGUCCCACAUCCUCAAUGCGUUGACUUCCCAGGUGGGCAAAGACUGCAGGGGUUCCACGGACAGCCAACUGACACACCAGCGCCCAUCAUUCACACAGUCUGAAGGUAUCAAGUUCCCAUUGACCUCCAGAACCAACAGCCAAUCCGGCAGCCCCCAGCGAAUCUCCCCUCCAGAAAUGGAUGAUGAUGGGAGAGUGACAGCCAGGUCCGAAGCCCGCUACACGGGCAAGGUCCGCCUCUGCACGGCGCGGUACAGUUACAACCCUUACGAUGGACCCAACGAACAUCCAGAGGCUGAACUCCCCCUUGUGGCUGGGAAGUACCUCUAUGUCUAUGGAGCGAUGGACGAUGAUGGCUUCUACCAAGGCGAGCUUCCUGAUGGCCAGCGAGGUCUUGUCCCCUCCAAUUUUGUGGACUUUGUCCAGGACAAAGACAUGGCCCUCAUCCAGGAUGAUGGCCAUGAGGCAGAUGGGGAUGCAGAGGAGGGGAAGGGCCCAGACAUGGGUCUCAGUGUUGCUGGAAGUGAUGACAAAAUGCCCCUGGACAUCAUGGUGGAUGAACUGGGCAAUGAAAUGGUGCCAUACCCCCGUAACAUCAGUCUCAUCAAGCAGCUGGCCAAGAGCGUCAUCGUGGGCUGGGAUCCGCCACAGGUUCCCAGGAGCUGGGGCAGUAUCAACUCCUUUGAUGUACUGGUGGAUCAGGAGGUUCGAGCCAACGUGCCUUUUGGAGAACGAACCAAGUUGCUCAUUGAAAAGCUGGACCUGUCUGCCCGAGCAUACCGGGUGUCUGUGCGCAGCGUGACGGACCGAGGGUUGUCGGAUGGGCUCCGCUGCAGCCUGCUGGUGGGUCGGGGCGUGGUGCUCGCACCAAGCCGCUUACGUGUGGACAACAUCACCCGGGACUCCGCUCACCUUUCCUGGGUGCCCAGCAACAGCAACUACAGCCACUCUGUGUUACUGAAUGGUUCCGAACAUGUGGUGGUCGGCCCGGGUCGGUACCGCUGCCAUCUGCAGGAACUGAAGCCCGUGAGCGUGUACCGGGUGGCUGUGUUGGCUCUACCCCAUCAAAUGCCCUGGCAGCUGCCCCUGGAGCAGCGAGAGAAGCGUGAAGCAUCUCUUGAGUUCUGCACCCAGGCUGCAGGGCCACCCUUUCCACCUCAGGAGGUGCAGGUGCUUUGUGGACAGGCUCCGGGGGUGAUCCAUGUGCACUGGACGCCUCCUGACCUCACAGCCACAGGGACGUCUAACGGAGCAAGUGUGACCGGAUAUGCUGUGUGCACCAAAGGCCAGAGAAUUGCAGAAGUAAUGCAUCCCACGGCAGACUACGUCACAGUGGAGAUGAGUCACAUCCUGCACCUGGAGGCCAGGGAGGUGGUGGUCCGGACCUUGUCAAUGCAGGGCGAGUCUCAGGAUUCUGCCGUUGCUGUUAUCCCCCACAAUGUCUUUGGGUCACCCUUUCCGCCGCCACACACACUACCACACCCCCCUCCAGCUGAACCUCGACUCCAACCGCACCCACUUCAGCACCCACCCCCACCCCAAUCCCAACUCCAGCCACAGCCACUUCACCCUGUUCCCCAGACUGACCCCUACCUCCAGACACAGCCAUCACAACCUUCUUUCCAGCUGGAGCCACGUCUCCAGCCCCACCCAGUACACCCUGUGGUUCAGUCACAGACUCAGACCCAACCUCAGCCGCACCCCCAGCCACUUCCACUGCACUUUGUCCCCCCUCAGCCCGGGCCAACAUCUUCAGUCAGUGGCAGAGACUCAGAGACCAAAGACCAAGAUGUGACCCUGCCCCACCAGGGCAUGGUGCCAGACCAGCACUGGGGUCCACCAUACCUCUCACCCUUGACCCUCCCUCCUUGUCAGUUGCCAGGACAUACCCUAGAACCACCACUUGUACCUCCCCGCCGCUCCCCCUCCCCUCAGAGGAUCCUGCCUCAGCCCCGGGGGGCUCCCAUCCCCCCAGACACAGUGGCCAAGGCGAUAGCCCGGGAGGCAGCGCAGAGAAUGGUGGCAGACAGCGGCCGGAGCUCAGAUGAAGAAGAGCAAGAAGAGGAGGCGUCAAUACACACGAGGAGGAGGAGAGUCUCCAUGGAAGAGUUCCUCAGGGGCUCAGAGCUGGGCAGACAGCUCCAGCGCAGUCAGAGUGACGAGUACCACACUGAGAGCAGCAGGGGCUCCGACCUCUCUGACAUUCUGGAGGAGGAUGAGGAAGAGCUCUACUCUGAAAUGGAGAUGGACGAGGGCUGUCGCCGUGGUAGCUCCUGCCAUGGUGCGCUGCAGAUUUCAGGGACCCCUCCUUCAGGGACACAGUCCAGCCCAGCAGAUGGGUCAGGUCAAAAGUCAACCCACAGCGGUGCCCACCCCCAUCGCAAACCCAUCAUGGUCCCAUCCAUCGCAAUCACUGCCGAGAGCAACAGCGAGGAGAACCUGCCAUCAGUUACGGAGGUUUACCGCGAUGGUGCCCACAUGAGGACCAGAGUUGGGCCCCAGCGCCAGACACAGGAUCCCAAGGGCUCAUCGCGGAUAUUUGUGGCCCUCUUUAACUACGACCCUCUCUCCAUGUCUCCCAACCCUGAUGCUGCCGAUGAGGAGCUGUCUUUCAAAGAAGGCCAGAUCCUCAAGGUGUUUGGUGACAAAGACACAGAUGGAUUCUACCGAGGUGAACUCGAUGGAAAAACUGGUCUGAUACCCUGCAACAUGGUGUCGGAGAUCCAGGCCGAGGACAAGGACACAAUGGAACAGCUGAUCCGCCAGGGCUACCUGCCUCUCAGCACCCCGGUGGACAAGAUCGAGCGAGACGAACGAGUUGGUCAGUGUCCGCUGCUGCCCACACGGAAGAUGGUAGCGCUAUAUGACUACGACCCCAGGGAGAGCUCCCCCAACGUGGAUGUGGAGGCUGAGCUCACCUUUUCUGCAGGAGACAUCAUCACUGUUUUGGGGGACAUUGAUGAAGAUGGAUUUUACUAUGGUGAAAUGAACGGACAUAGAGGGCUUGUCCCCUCCAACUUCUUGGAAGAAGUGCCUGAUGAUGUGGAGGUUUAUCUAACAGAUGCCCAAACCAAAAUGGAAAAUGUGGACAUGGGUCAAGCAUCUGGCUCCCCACCUGUAAGCCCCUGCAUGCCUGUGCCCAUGCCCACCUCCACACCUGCCAGACCUGUUGGACCUCCAGGACCCACUGGACCCCCUAGUGUCCCACGUGACUCUGUUCCCAAGAGGAAGAAGGGACUCCUUUCCAAAGGGAAGAAACUGUGGAAAAGACUUGCGGUGGUAAAGAGAGCCACCUGACACCUUUCUUUCAGACACAUGUUCCACCGCACUGCAUUAUGGGAGACUGACUUCAUCCUUUCUACUGUACCUUAAACACUGGGCUACAGGGGGAGUCGACCACACAUGACACAUGCUGCUCAGACCAUCAGGUUCACUGCCCUCUACUCCUUUUCUGUAGUGGCUGGAAACACAGAACUGGGUUCCUUUCUCUGCCUUUCACUGUUUCAGUAAGAAUCUGAAACUCUUCGGAAUGAGAUAUAAAAGUUAUGAAACAUCUUGUUUUCUGCCCCUCUGAAAGUGCAGUCAGUCCAAAGGGCUGACCAUGUGAACAACACUCAUGAAGUUUAUUACGGCAGUUCAGUGUUUAAUUCACGUGUAGAACUGCUGUCUGCAAUUACCUACAGUAUGUGCAAUCUCUAACAGAUGUGGGCCAUGGAUCGUGAUUAAAACAUUAUACUAAAAAAAUAACAUCAGUCACCCUUGUAGCAUAUUAAUAAAGUAAAUGUAUUAAGUAUCAUAGAAUCUCUUUCAUUAAGAAGUUUUCACUCUCCCACAUCCAUCAUUCAUUAUUGCAGGAUUUCAGAUUAUUAACUAUGUGUGUUGCGUGGUCAUGGAAAGUGCUGUUAAAAAUCUCCUACGUAUAUAAGCCUUUUCAAAGCAUUGUGCUGUUUUGUCCAGUUGGUAGCAAAAGAUUAACCUUGUUGUGUGAGUGCUAUGUAUUGAUGUCCUUUCAGGCUGUAAGAAACUAGCAGCAGUAGUUUCGUGUCCUGGGUGCGACAGGAGUCUAGUGUUACUAACACAUACACCCAGGGCCGAUGUUUCAUCUGUAACACAGUUCCAUACUCUUACCAUUAGACACACUUUAAACACACGUGUCACGGUCUGCUUCCUGAAGCCCUACCCUCUAAAUGCUCAUAGUCACACAAAAGGUCACCUGGGUCACUUUUUAACUGUUUCAUAAAGUUUCAUGAAGGACCAAGAACUCGCUGCAGCAGCAUGUUGACGUCCUGAAUGGAGAAACAUUUUCAGGACUCAUGACCAAUUUUACAAUAUGAUCUAUUUAGUACCCAAGCUACUUUUGAGUGAAACAUCUGAUAUUGAUCACUGUGGGAAAUCGGGAACAUGAACAGUGAGGUUAAAAAAGUACAAGCCCCGGAAAGUUUUACUCAGACUUCAAAAUGUGAUGCUGAAGAGGUUUUGUGUGCAAAUGCGGGACACAGCUCUCCACGGUUCAUGUAGAAGACUGAUAGACAGUUACAGAAAACUCUUACAUGAAGUUAUUUCUGUUAAACAGAUGGUAUUGAAUCCAGGGAUGUGCUUGCAUUUACUGGAGUUUUGUUAAGAAAAAGUCAGGAGGGAAGUAUUAGACCAAACUUUUGGCUAUACCCAGAAGUCAGUGUAUGUGUAACAUAUACAGUAUGUAGUGCUUUUCCUGCCUUUGUUCUGUCCAAAAUCCAUCAGCCUCUAUUUCCCUUGUCUUCUUUGUGCCCAAGUACUGUGUGGACCACUGCGAGUCCGUCAAACGGCUUUUUCCCUUGACUAACUUUGCCGUCUACUACCAACCCCAUCAACUCCAUUGUCUAAUCCACUGCAUGCACCACCCGUUAUUUGCCUAAGGCUCCCUCCCCUUUUCUUGGUGCCGCACCUCAGGUUUCUUCCUCAGAGCACUUGUGCUUCUACAGUUUCCUUUUUCUCUUCUGUCUCCAGGGCUGCUGUAUUCAUUCUGAACCCAAUGAACCCACUCCAUCCAAUUUGCAUUGUGCCUGUUCCAUUAGUCACCAUACACUUCCCUGUUCAUCAUGGUUCCUGUGUCUCAGGCGCUAAAGUUUACACUUAUAGUUAAAUGAAUAAACUAACAUUAACUAAAUCCACCAUUCAAUAAAAUCAGUACUAUAGCCUAAAAGCCUACAUAAAUGCCCAAUCCACACUUCAGAUUAGAUGUACCAAUGAUCCUGCAGUUUGUUUAAUAGCAUUGGGCAUCACCAGCACAACCUGUUUUUGUUCCUGUUGUCAUGCAUCACUCUUCAUACUGUUUAGUUUGGGUUGUCAGUCCACGCUGCUGUUAGGGGUCAGUUCGCUACUUGGCCUGCUUGUCACCACAAUUCUGGUCAAUUUACUGAUCACCACUAACCCAAAGGAAAGUACAGUAGGCAUUUGCCAAAAUGCACAAUGACUGUCUAAUUGUUCCAUCUCCUGAAUUUAAUAUUGAGCUUAUAUUAUUACUGUUUAUUGCAUUUAAACAGGAACUGCAUUUUUGCUAAAGUUUGCUGAAUAAAUCAGACCAAAGUUUAAAUAUUACAUCCAUUCAAUUUCAAUAACCUCUUGUCCCAGGCAGGGUUGUGGUGACCUGGAGCCUAUCCUGGAAAUAGUAGCCACAAGGUGGGGUUGGGAGGUGGAGGUAAACCCUGGAUGAGACUCCAGUCCAUUGGAUAGUAGCAAUACACAAAGUCACUCACCCAUUUAUAGACAAAGGGCAAUUUUAGAGUUAACAGUUCACCUGAACUGCAUGUCUGUGGACUUUGAGAGGAAACCAGAAUAUCUGGAGGAAACCCUCUUUCACCACCUUGCAACCCUCGGAUAUUACACAUUUGUUAUAUACAAUUACUUUAUCCCAGUGAGGCUCAGCCAUCGACAUCUUAAUAUAUUGAAAAUUACAAUGCUUUCCAGGGGAUUGUACUUAGUUUUUCACAUCACUGCAUGGUCCAUGUUCAUCCUGUAUUUGAGCACAGCAGCUUCUAUUAACUCCAUCUCAUGAUUAGGACCAGCUCAAGAAGUGUCCUUUGGUUAAGACAUCUGCUCAACUUCACAGCUCGUCUCUUCACACACUAAACCUUUUAGUGCACUGUGUGAUCAUUCUGUCCAGGUAAGAAUUACCCACUGAAAGAAGAGAGACAGAGAGGGUAAAUAUGACACGCAAUAAGCCAUAUCCACAGUUGCAGCAGAUCAUUCCAUUUGUUGUUUACACAGUUAAUUAAAACUACUGUGUGUUUCCCCACUGCCUCCCACAAGAAACAUUGUGUGUAAUUGUGCAGCAGACUCUAGAUCCAGCGGGAA